AUUGACAAAGCGGGAAUAUUUGGAAUUGUUAGGUUAAAUUAUUAUUGUUCAUCAUGUCAACAACAAAGUUCUCAUUAUAAAUAAGUAUACUUAAUGCUACCCAGCUGAUAUUUAGCCAUGGAAAGUUCAUUAGCUAUUGAUAAUAAGUGCGACAACUUUCAAGUUGAAAGUGAUAAUGUUAACGAAACUAUCGAUGCAAAUAAGUUAGUAAAUUGUGAAAAUUAUUCGCAGUAUCUCAAUCAGAAAAAAGUGGUGAGUAAGGAAUCAGAAAAUACAGAGCAUCUAGAAGUAGUAGAGGAUGGCAAUUCUAAAAGCUCUACAUUAAAUGGACUUGAAAAACAUAAACCAAGAAAACGUAUUGCAAUUGUGGAAAGUGAUUCGGAUAGUGAAGGGAAACUAUAUAUUUGUAAUGACGAUACUGAAUUGAAAAGCAUUACAGAUAAUCUUGAUCCAUCUGACACAAAUAAAAUCAAAAUUAAGAAACUGGGCGAUACGUUUCAAAGUGAUUCUGAAGAUGAACUAUGUGAAUCUUCAUCCCGUUACGAAAAAGAAGCAAAUAGCAGUUACAGUAUUAGAAAUAAUUUGGAUGGUGAAGAUUUGAAUAUGAAUUCUAGUAAAAACGAUUUACUAGAAACCAAUUCAGAUAAUAAACAUUCAGGUUCAGAUAGUGAAUUAGAAGACAACACAUCAACUUCAAAGUUAAAUGCUACUAAAAGUACCAAUUUUAAAAAGAAAGCUUGCAUUUCAAGUAGUGAGUCAGAUGAUGAAGAAGAGAAAAAUUCUGAUAAAAUCGGUACUAGUAGUAAGCCAAAGAGUAAUAGAAAAGGAAUUAUAGAUAGUGACACAGAUGAUGAAGACAUUCCAACACAUGGAAGUAAUAAUGAAUCAGAAGUUCUAGAAAGUACAGUAUUUAAGUCAUCCCGAUGGGCAGCUCUUUGUGAUUCAGAAAGUUCUGCUGAUGAAAUUAAUGAAAAUGAUCAUAAUGAAAGUAAUUUGGAACGUGGUAUGUCGGAUGAAGAUCAUAAACCUAUUCCCUACAAGAAAAAACCUAAAUCGAAAGAAGAAAAUGGGCCAAAGAAGAUGACUGGGAAAGAAGCACUAGAACAAAGGAGAGAAAUUUUUUCAGAAUCGCAGAGAAUGACCAGACAAUCAAAUGUAUCCUUGCCUUAUCAUAGACCAAAAUCCCAUUCAUUGAAAGAAUUUUUAGCAAAGAGACCAAAACUUGCCACAACAGUACCAUUGGCAUCUAAAAUACCACCAUCUGUUGCAAUUAAAAUGACAAUGGAGCAAUUGGAAGUUGUAUCAAAGAAAUUUGAAGAAAGACACAAAGAAGUACAAGAAUUUUACAAAUCUGACAGUGAUGAAGACAAGGAUGAUGUAGAUUAUGUUCCUGAAUCAGAAACUCAACCAAUUGCAAAUGAUGAUGUACAUGAGACACUUCAGAAGGAAGAUUCAGUUGUGAUAAGCAAAGAUGAAGAAUUAAAGAAUACAUAUAGUAAAUCUUUGGAUGAAAAUGAAAGUAUUACAAACAAUGAGGGAAUUGAUGAUAAAGAAGAUAAUAAUAACUUUAAAAUGAAGGAAAUUAUUGAUACAGAGGUUAAUACUCAAGAAGUGGUGAUAUCAGUCAAUACUUUUGCUGAGGUGGAGCAAGUAGAUGAGGAAGUAACUGUUAAUAUGAAUGAACCUGAUAACAAAAACAACAGUGGAUCGGAAAUAAACAAAGAAGUAGGAGAAAAUAAUCAAUCUGACAAUAGAAAUGAUCAGGAAUCAAUGGAAUAUGAAUUCAAUCUUGAUGAUAUGGACGAACACUCGGAAAGAAUAACAAAAUUAGACAAUCAGCCAAAAUCAGUUGAUAAAGGACAUGAAAAUUUAGGUCAGUUAGAAGAACAAUCAAUUGAAAAACAACAACAAACUAUAGAUUUGUUAGAAUUAGAUAUAGAAAUUGAAAAUUUCACCAGGAACAACUCUCCUUACCAAGAAAAACCAAAACGUUCAAAAAUGGAACUACUGAAAGAAAGAUUAUCAAACAUCAAGCCACGUUUGAGCAGUAGUGCUAACAAUAUCAUUGAUUUAGAUAAUAUUGCUAAACCGACUCAAGUUGUUCAACUUAUGGAAAGAUUCGCUAAACACACUGCCAAAAAGCAAUAUCACAAAGAUAAAGUCAAAGUAAAUAUAGUGAAUGUGGAAAUUGGUGGUGAAAUAAAUAAAGAAACAGUUGCUGUUCAUGUUGAUGAUGAAGAUGAUACAGUCAUUGAGGAAAAACCAGGUGUUCGUUUACAAAGACUCAGAAAUGAGCUACAAAAUCAGAUAGCCCAACAAAAGCAACAGCUUUGGGAAAAUAAGACUAAGAAAGAAGUAAAAAACGUUCUUGAGGAUGAUGAUCCUUACCAGGACGAAAGGUCUGAAUGCGGUAUUGACGAUCCUAUACUUGAUAAUGAUGAGGAAGAAGAAAUGACAGAAUCAAGCGAAAAUGAAGACGAAGAAGACAAAAUAACAGAAGAACCGAAAAGAAAAACAUCCGAAUUUAUCGAUGAUGAAGUAGAAGAAACUGAUAUUGAAGAUGAAGAACAAAUUGAAUCCAAAGAUGAAGACGAAGAAGCGGUUGAUGCAGAUGCAGAUAAUGAAGAGGAAAUGGAAGAAAAUGAGGAGAGAACAUGCGAAAUGGUUAAAGAUAAUUCUGAUAAAGAGAAUGGCAUUGAAGAUUUCAAUAAAAGUAGUGAAAAUAAAGGAAAUGGAAACAAUUGUUAUAAGGGAGAAAGUACAACUUUUAAAAAACCCCUAAGGCGUAUAAUUAAAGGUUUUACAGAAGAUUCCGACGAUGAUGAGGAUACCGAAACAACAUCUGUUGUUAGUAAAAUUGUUGAUAAGUUGAAUAAAAGCAAUGAGGAGAAAAAUUUAACAAAGCAGGAAGAUUAUAUUCCAUCAUAUCAACUGGAAAACCAUAAAACUCCCGUAAGGGAGACUUUUCAAGAAAAAUCUGAUUUGAAAUUUUUAACGCCAGUUUCUUAUAUUACGGGUCUCCAAAAUUUGACAAAUUCGGCCUCUAAGGUGCAGUCACCAACAAACGUACCUUCACCUCUGAGGGAAGCGAACUGGCAUGAUAGACUUCAGAAGAAGUUAUUCGCCGAUUCAGUUAUAACAAAUUCACAGGCUGAGGCUAUGGCACAGUUAUGUUCUGAAAGUUUUUCCAACUCCCAAGUGUUCGUGCCAGAUAAUUCAACUUCAACUACGGAACAUGAUACAGCACAGGGAGUCAGUCAAAUUGUUCCACUCAACUCGCAAAACCAUAGUACUUGUACAGAACAUUCACAAGAAGCUCCAUCUACUCAAGAUCUUCUCGAUGUUUGUUCAGGAGAGUUCACUGGAAUUACUCAGAUAUCUUCCAAUGGUUUUCCUAAAACUUGUGUUAGUCAUCUACUCAAUCCUGUUGAAGAAGUGAAGACUUUGGAUGAGGACCAAGACAUCGUAAUAUCUCAGUUGUUAAAUGAAGAAGAGAUGGAAGCUUUUAAGAAGAAAUUCGAUUCUCCAAUUUUGAAUCAUUCGCCAAAGGCUAUCAGAGAACCUGAAGAAGUGGCAGGAACUGGAGGGGUAAUAGAUUCUGAUGAUGAUGAAAAUGUAUUAGAAGUAAAGAAGAAGAAAAACCAAAAAAAAUUGACUUUUUCAGAUGAUGAUAGUUCUGAAGAAGAAAGAGAAGAUGAGGAGGAGAUCAAUUUAUGUGAUGAUGUAGAUAUAGCUGAUAUCAAUUAUGACUCAGAGGAAAAUGAAAUAGAAUAUGAAAAAGAGACUGAAAACAUAAAAUUGACCGAUUUUUUCGAGGACGAGGCCGAAUUAUCCGAAUCGGAAUGGGGCAGUGCGGACGAAGACGAAAAAGAUUUGGACAGAUUAGAAUUUGAACAAGGCGAUACUGAAAAAUUCGAUGAAAAGCAAAUGAGAACUGACUUAGAAAGGAUACAUAUGAGAAGAAUGUUAGAUGAUGAUACUCGAGAAGUGAAAUUAUUGCAAGAAAUGUUGUUGGAUGAUGGAGAAUUACAUGGUAGCGGUAGAGAGAGACAAUUUAAAUGGAAGAACAUAGAUUCUCAAAACAUUGACGAUGAUACUAAGAAAAACAGCGACGACGAAAUUGGUUUUGAUGAAGAUGAAAGCGAAGAACAAUGGCGUAGAAAAAGACACGAAAGAGAAAUGUUUUUAAAGGAAAAACAAUCUCAAGAAUUUAACGAUGAUAUUGAUUUGUUAAGUAAAAGUGAAAUAUUGAAGUUGGGGCACAAAGUUAUACAAAAAAGUUUGAGUAACCCACAAGGAUAUACAUUAUUAGAGAAAACUAAAGAUGAAAAUGACAGUUCUAGUACGAAAACACAAUUCAGUUUAUUGCAUAAAAGAGGAUCAUUCCUUAAUAGAGGUGAUCAGGUGUUACAAAAAUUGGCCGAGUAUAACAAAUUAUCUACUACCACCACAACAGUUGUCCAGAAGGUGAAAAAUUCGAAAAGUUUCCUCUUUCAAACAGUAGAAGUUCAAGCAACAGAUGAAAAAUUGUCAAUUUUAAGUAAAAAGAGAAAGGCUGUAGAUGGUACACCAAAGAUUAUAAAGAAGUUACGUUUAACUGAUAAUCUAAGUCCAGCAGUGAAGAAAAAGAACAAAUUUAGCUCAAAAUCAAAACUCUUCGCAAUUUCUUAGACUGAAUUUAGAAAAUUUUAGUAUUUAUUUGUAUAUUUUAUUGAAUUAUUUUAUAAAUAAAAUAUAACGAGGCUAAAA